CUGUAACCAACGUACACAACAGUUGGUUUGUUAACUCACGACACGACGCUACGCAGUGAGCGUUUUAUCGUAGCUUGGCGACGCUUAGAUGGAACUCCCUACCGAAGGACCCACAUCCUACUGUCGUUUCUGCUUGGGCAAAGACGAUCUGCGGAGCCUUUUUGCGGGCGACAAAACGGCCAAUGGUAGAUCCGCCGUCGACGUGGACGCACUGGUGGAAAAGAUCUACGAAUGCACUAACAUCAAGCUCUGUCCCUCCGCGGACUGUCCCUGUGCCAUCUGUCGCCGCUGCUUGCAGGCGGUGGAAGAGUUUUACCAUUUCCGAACCCGCAGCAAGCAGGUACAUGAUCUCAUCAAAGUAACAGCCGAGGUAACCACUAGCAACGAUGGCACGCCAAAGCGCCAAUCACAGGCGGCUGCACUCUGUGUGCGGCCCGACGAGAAGACGUCGAAGGUAAACACCAAGAUCCUUCACCGUUGCCGAUACUGUCCAAAGUCCUUUCGCGGACAGGACGCCCUUACGGAGCACUGCAAGCGGGCCCAUGUUUCUGGUCGGCCCCAUCACUGCCCCAACUGUAUGGCGCAGUUUCAGCAUGCGCCCUCGUUGGCACGACACGUGCGGAAUCGAAGCUGUUACGGGUUUAACCGGUAUCGGUGCCGGGUGUGCAGCGAAAGCUUUACCGAUCGGCUCGGCUGGGCCGACCAUAUACAGGUGCACGCGAAGGACUUUCCGCACCAAUGUCCCGACUGUUGGUCACAGUUUAAGCACAAAGCCACUUUGCGCCGUCAUGCCAACACCGUUCAUCUGCUGGUUAAAUCCUGACCGGUGCCACUGCUAGUACCUUUGAACCAAAAACCCUUGCCUUCGAUUGCGUGGUUAACUUAUUAAGAAAGUAUUUUAGAAAGAAAUUUUAAAUUUAAAUUAGGAAAUUUUUAUUUAGGAAAGAGUUAACGGUUAAAACUGAGCGAAGAAGCGAUAUAAAGUAAAACACAGUCGAACCUUUUAUGGAAAUAGAAUUUUAAAACAA